UGGGAUAGAUUACGGCGGGAAGUUUUCAGUGCGCAUGCGUUCCUUCUCUCUCCCUUUCUGCCAAACUGUCGGCCAUGGCUCCGAUCAAAAAACAGGUGACCAAGGGUGGGAAGAAGAAAAAGCAGGUCUUGAAAUUCACUCUGGACUGCACCCACCCUGUGGAGGAUGGCAUCAUGGAUGCUGCUAACUUUGAACAGUUCCUUCAGGAGCGCAUCAAAGUGAAUGGUAAAGCUGGUAACUUGGGUGGUGGUGUGGUUUCCAUUGAAAGGAGCAAGAGUAAAAUCACAGUGACAUCAGAGGUCCCCUUCUCUAAGAGGUAUCUGAAAUAUCUUACCAAGAAGUACCUCAAGAAGAACAACCUGCGUGACUGGCUGCGUGUUGUGGCGAACACCAAGGAGAGUUACGAACUGCGCUACUUCCAGAUCAACCAGGAUGAGGAGGAGGAAGAUGACGAAGAUUAAAUCCACGCCACUGUUUUGUAAAUUCAAUAAAUGUUCAAAAGAACUACA